UCCCGGCUAGGCUCUGGAGCGGCGGGCGCGGCGCGAUGCGCGGGUACCCGGGAGCGAACGGCUGCGAGCCCCGAUGAAGCUCGAGCCGCCCCAGCCUGAUGGAGGCGCCUCCGUGGGAGCCGGUGCGCAAUGACUCCCUGCCUCCUACGCUGAGCCCCGCGGUGCCGCCCUACGUGAAGCUCGGCCUCACCGCGGUCUACACCACCUUCUACGCGCUCCUCUUCGUGUUCAUCUAUGCGCAGCUCUGGCUGGUGCUGCGCUACCGUCACAAGCGGCUCAGCUACCAGAGCGUCUUCCUCUUCCUUUGCCUCUUCUGGGCCUCGCUGCGUACUGUGCUCUUCUCCUUUUACUUCCGAGACUUCGUGGCAGCCAACUCGUUCAGCCCCUUCGUCUUCUGGUUGCUCUACUGCUUCCCCGUGUGCCUACAGUUCUUCACCCUCACGCUCAUGAACUUGUACUUCACGCAGGUGAUUUUCAAGGCCAAGUCAAAAUAUUCUCCAGAAUUACUCAAAUACCGGUUACCCCUCUACCUGGUGUCACUUGUCAUCAGCCUUGUUUUCCUGUUGGUGAAUCUGACCUGCGCUGUGUUGGUGAAGACUGGAGACUGGGACAGGAAGGUUAUCGUCUCUGUGAGAGUGGCCAUCAAUGACACACUCUUUGUGCUGUGUGCCAUCUCUCUCUCCAUCUGCCUCUACAAAAUCUCCAAGAUGUCCCUGGCCAACAUCUACUUGGAGUCAAAGGGCUCAUCGGUGUGUCAGGUAACUGCCAUUGGUGUCACCGUCAUCUUGCUCUACACCUCUCGGGCCUGCUACAACCUGUUCAUCCUGACAUUUUCUCAGAUCAAGAACGUCCAUUCUUUUGAUUAUGACUGGUACAAUGUAUCAGACCAGGCAGAUCUGAAGAGCCAGCUGGGCGAUGCCGGCUACAUUGUGUUUGGCGUGGUGCUCUUCGUGUGGGAGCUCCUACCCACCACUCUGGUGGUUUAUUUCUUCCGAGUCAGAAGUCCCACGAAGGAUCUUACCAAUCCUGGGAUGGUCCCCAGCCAUGGAUUCAGUCCCAGAUCUUACUUCUUUGACAACCCCCGAAGAUAUGACAGUGAUGAUGAUCUUGCCUGGAACAUUGCCCCUCAGGGACUGCAGGGAAGUUUUGCUCCAGACUACUAUGAUUGGGGACAACAAAAUAACAGCUUCCUGGCACAAGCAGGAACUUUGCAGCAAGACUCCAUUUUGGAUCCAGACAAAGCAAGCCAAGGGUAGCACCCGCUGACACAGUCCUAUGGAAGAGUCCUCUAUUGAAAGCCUUCAGCCAUACAGACUGGAUGACAGCUGAGUUUUUAAGGCAGUUUUCCUUAUGAAACAGAACUUUAUUUUUUGCUAUAGCUUUCUCAUGGCUCCAUAGGGCUAAAGCAAUAAUUUAGAGCAAUAAACCCUUUAGUACUAGCAGAGAGCCUGGCUAUUUCAGUGGGUAUAAUUUAAACUUUUCAAAGAGAUUCUGUACUUUUAUAAAGAUGUAUUUUAUAUAACUUAAAUACUAAUUCUAAAGUAUAUGAGGUUUUUCCUUGAUUGUUAAUUGCCAUGUAUGUUGUAGUUUGCACAGACUUUCAUGCAUAAUUCACUUUAAACUGUACAGAAUAUAUGGUCUAAUAGUUUAAAAAGCUUUUGGAAAAGUUUCCACAAAUCUUACCUCUGAAAGUCACUCUUGUGGUGGGCUCCUUUAACUGCCACUCCAGUGUUCAAAGUUAAGAGGAAGCAGAGUACCACCAUCUGUACGUAACGGGCUCAGCAGUUGUAGUUUCUCUUAAAUUUUGUCCUAAGUCUGGUGCUUCUUCAUCUGGAAGCACUACUACAAGCACUCCAGUAACAAGCAGACACUGUCAAGAUGUAGUCACCGACACUAUUAAACCUCUUCUGCUGUGUGUGUAGCCAUUUUGUAGAGUUUUCUUCAGCCCGGUGUAACUGAAUACUCACUACCUCAGUAGGACGGAAGGACUGCGCCUUCCCAGACAGCCAGUGCUCACUAUAGUCAAUGACAAGCUAAGAGGUCCUCCAGAGUAUUAACAAUAAAUAUUUCUGACCUUCAAGCUCUAAAGGACUGUGGACUCCUGACAGCUUUUCUGUAAAACAUGCCUGUAAUUUGUAUGAGACUGACAUGGUGCUCACUGCCUGUUAUUUUUAAGUAGUAUUCUGUUUGUUGAAAGCUAUGUAUAUGAAAAGGUGGGCUCUGCCUAUGUGGUAGCAGCAUCCCUGUCUCAGCCAGAGAGUGCUCCAGACAAUGGUCCCCAUGUGCCAUCUCUGGGCUGCCCUGGGAAAACUCCAACCAAUGAACCAAUGUGGUCCUCCUGGAGGCUGGAUGCUCUGGCUUCUCACAAAAUGCAGCAUCUGGUCCUAGAGGUCACAGAGCCACAGACAGUCUCACUUCCUACUUUUAACUUAACAGGGUCAAGCCCACUUUCUCCUAUUUUGUUAUACUUGAAAUUGGGAGCCCAAGUUUCAAAUGGGUUGUGAUUGGGUUUUCAUGGUAUAGAGCAUAAAGUUGAAGGCCUUGCAUAGCCCCGGACGACGUCUUUGCCUUUGAGUAUGAGUAAACAUCUGGGUCGCAAGCCAUUUAAAAUUGUUCUUUGCCAGGGUGAAUUCUGGCAAAGCCUACACAAAUUGCCUAAAUCAGUAGUUUACAAUAGCAGUGUAUAAAAGUGUAUCUGUCACUAUACCUGCAAUAAUUUGGCUGUUGUAACCAGUGCCCACAGCUCCUGUGUCCUUGUCUCCAGCAGGUCUGUACCUGUCAGCAGCCAAGGGCAAGGCUUUCUGGAAAGCGCGGCAUCAUUAAGAUUGUUCUGUAUGCACUCAUUUUGUAGCACGUGCACACUUUACAGUCGGUUAAUGCUGGGUGUCUGUUUUCUUACAGUAAGAAGCUAUAAUCCACUUUUACAAUAAAGUUGUCAGCAUUCAUGUCAGCAAUAAAAAGACUACAGCUCUUAAA